AUGUCCAACAUCGCUCUAACCGUCGCCGAGACCGUUCUCCGCUCUGGCAAGCGGUUCGACUUCUUGUUCGACAAAAUGAGCAUACACAUGGUCACAUGGAAGAGGGAGCUCGAGACGGCAUACGCAAACAAGCCGAGCAAGAAGGAUUUCAUUGUCGACGGACUCAUCGCUCUGUGCGAGAUCAAAGAUCCGAAGACGAACAAGAGUCUCAACGACCUCGGCGCCCACAUCGUCGAGAUCCAGUGCGUAUUUCGCAGCACUGUUACCAUGCCGCGUUACUUACGAGUCGUCGGUGUGGCGAACAGGAGCACCCUCCAUACGGGAGGCCUCGAUCCGACUGAGCCCGAACAUUUUGGUGCCCAGUUCAUCAAGAAGGACGGUAAAAGGAUUCCUUUCGAGGUUCCGACUCAGAACCCCUCUUCCUCAGUGAAGCCAAUCUCGUUCACACGGCACGUCUACCCGCCCGAGCUGGUCGAGGCCCUGGCUCUAAAGGAAGCCGCCAAUGCGGCUAACAGGGCCAACCAGGCUGGUGGGUCCAAUGGACCCGAGGGGGGCGAGGGGGGCGAGGGGUCCGAGGGGUCCGCCGGUGCUGUAUCUGGGACCAAAUCAGCGUGA